AUGUCGUCGAAGCUCGUUCCACAGAACCCAGAGGAGGUGAUGGUGAUCCGGGAAUUGGUCCCCAAUGUCACUACGCUCUCUGUCCCUUUCCUACGAUUCGGCCGCAUAAAGUUUGGAGGCAGAGCAACGAUUGUAAAACUCUCCACAGGCUCUCUCGCCGUAUUCUCUCCCGUCGCACUCACCCCAACGGUAAAAUCGCAUCUCGACAGCCUUGGGAAUCAGGUCUCCUACAUAGCAGCGCCGGAUCUCGAACACCACAUCUUCCUCUCGCAAUGGGCCGCCGCCUACCCAUCCGCACACAUAAUCGCACCUGAAGGACUCGCAGAAAAGCGCGAAAAGAUGAAUGCCACCGAUAAAUCUGUUACCAUCCUGCCGUUCAAAACGAUCUUCAGAGCGGAAAACAAGCACAAUAUCAAAGUCUCGGAGGAGUUUGAUGCAGAGUUCGAAUAUGAAUAUGUGGAGGCGCACCCUAAUAAAGAGCUCGUCUUUAAUCACAAGCCAUCUAAGACCCUCAUCGAGGCUGAUCUAUUGUUUAAUCUCCCCGCUACGGAACAAUACAGUCGGACGGAUAUUAAUCCCACGACGGGGUUGUGGACUAGGCUUUUUUUGGGAUUACAGAAUACGGAGGGGGACGCUUUGUGGCAGAAGAGGGCUUUGUUUUAUCUGGGUAGCAGACGUGAUAGACCCAGUUUUGAUGCCAGCAUGAGGAGGAUUAAUGAGUGGAAGUUUGAGAAUCUGGUGCCGUGCCAUGGCGAUUCCUUGGUUGGGGAUGGGAAGACUGUCUUUGAGAAGGUUAUGCAAUGGCAUUUGCAAGGGAAGAAGUGA